AUGCCCCCCAAAAGCGUCCAGCAUCACCCCUCCCCCAGUCACUUCAUCCCUCAAUUUCAUCCAUGAGUUCUACCCCUUCUUUCUUAUUGUUCUUCACAAACCUCUCUCCCUCACAGUCCAGGGGGAACGCUGCGCUUGGAAUCUGUAUAUCCUCUUAGUUCUCAGGCUGCUGUGAACUACUCAAAACCAGGAAUUUCUCUCUGUCUACAAACUUUCAUCCCAACAGCCAUGAAAGGGCUGAGUCUGCUCUUCACCCUUUCCCUCCUCUUCCUCCUGUCUUUAUCUCAGGCAAAAAAAAAGUCCAAGCAGCCGUCAGAUGCAGUAGAUGUGUCACAUAGCACAAGAGUGAAAGCCUCACUGCCGUCAGGUCAGCUGAGCACUAAAGAUGGGCAUCGCUGUACCUGGGAGGCUGUGGAGAGAGGCACCAACAUCCUCCUAAUGAUGAGCUGCUCUAUCCCUGGGGAGGAGGGGAGUAGACCUCCUUACACGUGCCAGUUUGCCGGGAAACCAUGGGAGUGUUUAGCGUACAGCAGCCAGUCCUCCCGGUACUGGAAGCAAGUGAUGAGCAAAUUAAAAAAGCGGAAUAACGCUUGUCAGGGCGAGAAAGUUGUGAAAACCCGCCUGUGUAAGAAAGCUCAGAGCGCGGCCCACAUGAAACUCACGGAAAGAAGCGAAGAUGAUACAACCACACCCAUGAACAAGGAGGCGGGGGACGAGAGCAAACGCAAAACAGAGGUAUCUGCAAGGAAAGGCAAAGGGACAAAGAAGGAAAAGGAAGAGAAAAAAGAGGAGGAUGGGAUUGGAGAAGUCUUUAACGAUGGAUACCAAAACACAGAGCCGGACGUGAGCUACUGCGCAGAGGGAUGGAGUUCCGUCUGCCGCUUCUUCGUCAAGUUUUUUGAUGGUUAAAAUACAACACGGGGCUAUCUGAGAUGUUUGGAUGGACCUUGUGGAUAAAAAAAUGUAAAUGCGUCAGAAAUGCAUUUUUUAGUCUCCACAAUGGAUAAAAAAACCCAGUUGUAAAAAGGAAUAGAUGGAUUAAAUAUAGUUUAUUUUGUAAUAUUAAAAAACACACUAAUCAUAUUAAUUACUUACAAGAUCUGUUUAAUGUAUAAUGUCACAUCUGAUUUAUGUUUUUGUAGAUAUGAAUCUACACAUUUGUAUUCCACACAUCACAUUUCUUUGACAUUAUCCACACUGUAGUAUAUCAUUUUUGCAAACACAAAAAUAACUCAAACAAUAAAACCAAAAAUGAUUAAAGGC